GUGGCUCCUCCACGCCACCAAGCUGGGAUCACCUGGGCGGUAUCCUUACUGAAGUCGGCACAACUUUGAACGCAUUUGCACUAGACAUGACGUUUGAGAAUGCCGAGCUGCUGCAUUACUACUUGCGACGCGUUAUCCCAAACCUUGUAUCCAUCGACGGUGAAACCGAGCCAGUGGUCUGGAAAAACAACGUGCUGCCAUGGCAGCUCCAGAGUCCGCUAAUGCCCCAGAUUGCGCUCCUCAUGGCAGCCACGACCAGAGGUCUCGAACGGGGCACGAUGAAGGACACAUUCGCGAUCAAGGCAAAGGUGCUUAACUGCAUCAAUGCGUAUCUAGCCACUUCGACUCCAGUCACAUUCCAGGCGGUCGCUGCUGAGGCAGUAGGGUGUAUCAUGAGUAUGGUAGUAACGGAGUGGUUCUGGGGGUCAGAGGAAGGCAUGCGAGCUCACCACAGAGGCAUCAAAGAGUUGAUCAUACUUUGCGGAGGCAUCAGCCGGCUCAAUGAUGCAGUGCGGAGGUCCAUUACGGUUCUUACUGACUACGAAAUCGCUUGCGGCUUCGAGGAGGACCUCUGCUGGCAGCAAGGCGACCCGAUGUAUAAACAAGCCUGGGUGGUCCCGAUCUCUUGGCCCGCAGGAUUCGACAGUCCUCUCGUCGACAGCCCAUACACUUUCCGCGAAAAGCAGGCCGAGUUGGGAAUCACCUCAUCCGCGGCUGCCAUUCUGGACGAUGUCCGGUUUCUCACAAACUCGAUUACCGCACUGACGUCCGCCACUCCUGCGUCAAAGUUAAAGAUACAGACCACUGCUUCCUGGCUCCAUCGCAGAUUGAAAGAGGCAUCUGCUACCGAAAAGAAUGGUGCUCCUGAUGCAUUGGCAGAGACUGUCCGCCUUGCAGGUCUCGUCCACAGCUACUCGAUCAUGACUAUCACGCCGUUCUCUCAGUACCCGGAUCUUUCCGUGCUAGCGGCGCUAUCCGACGCAGCGCUGAGAGUACCACUGACGACCUGGAGGGAUAUUCCGGGCAUAUACCUGUGGGUCUUGCUGGUGCUGUGUCCCAGCACGAAAGCCGACAUGCGCGGCAAGUACAUCAGGAGGAAGAUGGCUACUACUGGCCUGUCUAUUGGUUUUGAGGAUUUCAUCUUUUCCAUCGGCUGCUUGAGGUCUUGUUGGCAAGUGCAGAGGUGGAUUGCCCAUGGCGGUGAUACUCUUUGCUGGCUGACUGGGCAGACGACAGAGUUUGACUGAGCAUAUAGUUUCUUCAAAAGCGCCACAGAAUGAAACGGCGCUUCAUUCACUAUGACCCUUGAGCAAGAUACUCCAAUACAAAUAAUGAGUGGUUCGAUUUGGCCAGAACACCCAAUGUAUCACAGAUAUCUUAUCAUUAUAGGAGUAUAAAAUCAGCCUCCCAAUGCCGGUCUCAUUUCCUGAAG